GCCGCCUGAGAGGAAGCCAUGAGCCAGUCAGGGUCUGUAAGCUGUUGUCUGGGUGCUACCAAUGGCAGUCUGGGCCGGUCUGAUGGGGUGGCCAAGAUGAGCGCCAAGGACUUGUUUGAGCAGAGGAAGAAGUAUUCUAACUCCAACGUCAUCAUGCACGAGACCUCGCAGUACCACGUCCAGCACCUGGCCACCUUCAUCAUGGACAAGAGUGAGGCCAUCGGCUCGGUGGACGACGCCAUCCGCAAGCUGGUGCAGCUCAGCUCCAAGGAGAAGAUCUGGGCGCAGGAGAUGCUGCUGCAAGUCAAUGACCAGGCACUUCGUCUGCUGGACAUCGAGUCCCAGGAGGAGCUGGAGAACUUCCCGCUGCCCACCGUGCAGCACUGCCAGACGGUGCUGAACCAGCUGCGCUACCCGUCCGUGCUGCUGCUCGUGUGCCAGGACUCGGAGCAGAGCAAGCCUGACGUCCACUUCUUCCACUGCGACGAAGUGGAGGCGGAGCUGGUGCAUGAGGACAUAGAGAGCGCGCUUGCCGACUGCCGGCACGGGAAGAAGAUGCGCCCACAGACCCUCAAGGGCCACCAGGAGAAGAUCCGACAGAGGCAGUCCAUCCUCCCCCAGCCCCAGGGCCCGGCCCCCAUCCCCUUCCACCGCUAUGGCGGGGACUCGUCCCAGGCCACGAAGAACCGCGUGGGCACGCCGGUGCCGCUCAGCGAGCCAGGCUUCCGCCGUCGGGAGUCGCUGGAUGAGGAGCCACGGGCCGUGCUGGCGCAGAAGAUCGAGAAGGAGACGCAAAUCCUCAACUGCGCCCUGGACGACAUCGAGUGGUUCGUGGCGCGGCUGCAGAAGGCGGCCGAGGCUUUCAAGCAGUUGAACCAGCGAAAGAAGGGCAAGAAGAAGGGCAAGAAGGGGCCGGCAGAGGGCGUCCUGACGCUGCGGGCGCGGCCCCCCUCGGAAGGCGAGUUCCUCGACUGUUUCCAGAAGACCAAGUUGGCCAUCAACCUGCUUGCCAAGCUGCAGAAGCACAUCCAGAACCCCAGCGCCGCGGAGCUCCUGCACUUCCUCUUCGGGCCUCUGGAUCUGAUCGUCAACACCUGUGGCGGCCCAGACCUCGCGCGCUCAGUCUCCAGCCCUCUGCUGUCCCGGGAAGCGGUGGGCUUCCUACGAGGCCACCUGGUCCCCAAGGAGAUGGCGUUGUGGGAGAUGCUGGGCGAGACCUGGACGCGUCCCCGCGCCGAGUGGCCUCGGGAGCCGCAGGUACUGCUGUAUGUGCCCAAGUUCCACAGCGGCUGGGAGCCGCCCCUGGACGUGCUGCAGGAGGCCCCCUGGGAGGUGGAGGGGCUGGCAGCUGCCCCUCAUGACGAGCCGACUCCAGUAAGCCGACCAUCCUUCCGAAAGUCCCUGAAGCACGACCUUACAUCUGAGCCCGCCCCCCCAGGAGACGUUGUCCUGCCACCAGCUGGCUCCCCCCGUGCUCACAGGUAAGCCUCCUCAAAGACGCCCACCAUGGGUAGAUAUGUGAAGGUCCUCUACGACUUCACAGCCCGGAAUGCCAACGAGCUGUCCGUGCUUAAGGAUGAGGUCCUGGAGGUGCUAGAAGACGGCCGGCAGUGGUGGAAACUCCGGAACCGAAGCGGGCAGGCAGGCUACGUGCCCAGCAACAUCCUGAACGAGGUCCGGCCAGAGGAGGCUGGCGUCCCCCUAGAACCGGCUGCUCUGAAAUACUGGGGUCCUGCCAGCCCCACCCACAAGCUGCCCCCAAACUUCGCUGGGAACAAAGAUGAAGUCAUCCACCACAUGGACGAGGUCAAUGACGAGCUCAUCAAAAAGAUCAGCCACAUCCGAGCACAGCCGCAGCGGCACUUCCGCGUGGAGCGCAGCCAGCCCGUGCACCUGCCGCUCACCUUUGAGUCGGGCCCCGACGAAGUCCGUGCCUGGCUGGUAGCCAAGGCCUUCAGCCCGCGGAUCGUGGACCAGCUGGGCAUCCUGACGGGGCCCCAGCUCUUCUCACUGAACAAGGAGGAACUGAAGAAGGUGUGCGGGGAGGAAGGCAUCCGCGUGUACAGCCAGCUGACCGUGCAGAAGGCCUUUCUGGAGAAGCAGCAGGGUGGGUCGGAGCUGGAGGAACUCAUGAACAAGUUCCAUUCCAAGAACCAGCGGGGGAUAGACGAGGACAGCUAG